AUGGCGACUGGGUUUGCGCACAAGCGCUUGAGCCUCCCACAGGGAAUCUCCAUUGUGAAAGCCGACGAUCUGAAAGAAUGGCAAAUGGACAUCAAAGUACUUGAUGAGAAUCCAUUGUACAUGAACAAGACCUUCCGCUUAAAGUUUACCUUUUCCGACAGGUACCCCAUUGCUAACCCGGGGUUUACCUACUCAGAGCCUCCCGAAGUUCAGUUCAUCCAAGUCCCCGACAACUCCGACACCCCACGUCCUAUCCCCAUGCACCCUCACAUCUACAGCAAUGGAAUCAUCUGUCUCGAUCUUCUGGGUCGGUCCGGCUGGUCGCCUGUGCAGACGGCCGAAAGUGUCUGCAUGAGCAUCCAGAGUAUGCUGACAGCUAACACCAAGGACGAGCGACCACCAGGAGACAAGGAAUUUAUUACUCAUAAUCGCCGUCGUAUCCGCGAUAUCAACUUCGUCUAUGAGGACGACGAUGUAUGA